AUGCGUGAAAUAGUACAUAUACAAGUUGGACAAUGUGGUAAUCAAAUCGGGUCAAAAUUUUGGGAAGUGAUUUCUGAUGAACAUGGAAUCGAUCCUACGGGAAAUUAUACAGGUGAAUCUAAUUUACAGCUGGAACGAAUUACAGUGUACUACAAUGAAUCAUCUUCUCAAAAAUAUGUUCCGCGUGCAAUAUUAGUAGACCUGGAACCAGGGACAAUGGAUAGUGUUCGUACAGGUCCAUUCGGAAAAUUAUUUCGUCCAGACAACUUUGUAUUUGGACAAAGUGGUGCAGGAAACAACUGGGCUAAAGGUCAUUAUACUGAAGGUGCCGAACUUGUGGACUCAGUGUUAGAUGUGAUGCGUAAGGAGGCAGAGAACACGGAUUCUCUUCAAGGUUUUCAAUUGACUCAUUCACUUGGUGGUGGAACUGGUUCAGGUUUGGGAACAUUGUUGAUUUCGAAAAUUCGUGAAGAGUAUCCUGAUCGAAUAAUGAACACAUUUUCAGUUGUUCCAUCUCCUAAGGUGUCCGACACUGUUGUCGAGCCAUACAAUGCUACACUGUCUGUACAUCAACUUGUUGAGAACACUGAUGAAACGUUCUGCAUCGACAACGAAGCACUCUAUGACAUCUGUUUCAGAACACUGAAGUUAACCAACCCCACUUAUGGAGAUCUCAAUCACUUGGUCAGUGCAACCAUGUCUGGCGUGACCACCUGUCUCAGAUUCCCUGGACAACUGAAUGCUGACCUGCGGAAACUGGCAGUGAAUAUGGUCCCGUUCCCUCGACUGCAUUUCUUCAUGCCAGGAUUCGCUCCACUGACAAGUCGUGGCAGUCAACAGUAUCGCUCAUUAACUGUGCCUGAACUGACACAACAAAUGUUCGAUGCAAAGAAUAUGAUGGCUGCCUGUGAUCCUCGUCAUGGUCGUUACUUGACAGUGGCGGCGAUCUUCCGUGGUCGUAUGUCUAUGAAGGAGGUGGAUGAGCAGAUGUUGAAUGUGCAGAAUAAGAAUUCGAGUUAUUUUGUCGAGUGGAUUCCGAAUAAUGUGAAGACGGCAGUAUGUGACAUUCCUCCUCGUGGUUUGAAGAUGUCGGUGACUUUUAUUGGUAAUAGUACGGCAAUGCAAGUGUUAUUCAAACGAAUUUGUGAACAGUUCAGUGCCAUGUUCCGUCGUAAAGCGUUUUUACAUUGGUAUACAAGUGAAGGGAUGGAUGAGAUGGAAUUUACUGAGGCUGAAUCAAAUAUGAAUGAUUUGGUGAGUGAAUAUCAACAAUAUCAAGAUGCAACAGUCGAUGACGAGAACGAUUCUGAUAUCGAAGGCAUAGAGGAAGCCUAGAUACAGGCUUUUGCCUCAUGUAAUUGUUAGCUUUUUGGAAUAUUUGUUUUUUUCAUCUCGUUGUGUCAUCGUUAAUUUUCUCUGUUAUAUAAAUUAUUUAUAAGUGGGGAUCAUCAUGUCUUCACCAUUAAUUUUAAACUUUUAUGAAAGUAGUUUUUCACUAAUUUAUUAAAUACCUAUUUCAUUGUCACUUAUUACGUAUAUGUGAUAGGUUACUCUUAGUUUGUUCGUUGUUGUUCCAGCCACUUUAUCAUCAGAAUCACU